AUGGCGUUAAGCUCAAAUCCAUUAAAUGCCACUAUAUUAUCAUCAUUAUUUUUAAAAGUUCCAAUAUUUGCAUAUAUCAUUGGAUUUUUUCAAGAUUUUGUUUUUUCAAUUUUAAAAACAGGUCCAAUUCCAAGACAUGUUGCAUUUGUUAUGGAUGGUAAUAGAACAUAUGCAAAGAAUCAUAGAUUACCAUUAAAAGAAGGUCAUUUUGCUGGCGCCAAUUCAUUAGUUAAAGUAGGUUUUACCUAUUAAAUUUAAAUACUCUUUAAUACUAACCGCUAUAGAUUCUUGAAAUUUGUUACAAGUCUGGUAUUAGUCAAGUUACAAUUUAUGCUUUCUCAUUAGAAAAUUUUAAUAGAUCAAAAGAUGAAGUGGAUAUAUUAUUUGGAUUAUUAAGAGAUAAAUUAAAAUUAUUGGCUGAAAAUGAAGAUUCAUAUACUAGAUUUAAUAAAAUUAGAAUCAAAAUUAUCGGUAAUAAAUCAUUUAUUCCACCAGAUAUUCUUAAAGAUUUAGAACAUGUUGAACAAAUUACUCAAGAUAAAGCAAGUAAAAAAACUUUGAAUGUUUGUUUUCCAUAUACUGCAAGAGAUGAAAUCACUUAUGCAAUUAAAUCAAUAGCUGAGAAAAGAAUUAAUGGUGAAAUUUUAAAACGUGAUGAUAUCAAUUUAAAAACAAUUGAAAACAAUUUUUAUUUCGGUGAUGAUGUACCACCAUUAGAUAUUUUAGUUAGAACUAGUGGACAUACUAGAUUAAGUGAUUUUUUAUUGUGGCAAUGUAAUACAAAUUGUACAAUUGAAUUUCCUGAUACAUUAUGGCCAGAAUUUGGAUUUAUUAGUAUGGUUUCAAUUUUAUUUAAAUGGAGUUAUUAUACAACAUUAAGAAUUGAAGAAGAAAUAAUGGAUGGUAAAAAUUUAGAAGCUGCUCAACAAACUCAAUCACCUGUUUUAUUAAGAGAUCUACCACAACCACCACCUGCAACAUCAGUUUCCAAAAAGAAAUGA